CAAACUUCAAUGUUCUUUUUUUCUUUUAAAUAAAAACAAAAAAAAAAAAAAAUGAGCGUGUUUCUAUGUUCUGUUCCUUUGCCUUGCGCCUCGUAAGAGCGGUCUGACAAAAAACCAUUGGUGACGGAGGCUUUGAGAGAAAGAAGCUUCUCCUUCUGAGGUAGCUCAGUUUAAAGAUUAUUAAAGUCUAUCAGCAUCACUUGAUCGGCCCAAAAGGUGUUGAAUUGUGUCAAAAGCCUGAAAUACUAUACUUUUACAUUUUUCAGCUGCUAGUGAGACCUUCUUGGAUAUCCAUUUCGAUACAGUAAUGGCUCUUCCUGGUUCCCUGCAGUUGUCCCAUGGAUUGGUACUUUGCAGGAACCUGGGCUGCAAUAAAAAUUCGAGGGCAACAGGACGUAGCAAGUUGCAUUUAUUUAGUACAGGUCCUUCAUGUCCGAUUUCGUUCAUAAAACAGGAGUCCAGGUGUUUUCAACAUCUUCGUCUUAUAAACAGGCCAACACAUACAUUAUCUUCCAAAUCCCGCACUUUUAAGUGUCAUUGUUUUUUAGUGCCAGGCCAACCCAAUGAACUUCCUGCGGUUAAAGUGGUUGCUACAGUGUUGGCAAGGUCUUGUAAUGUGUUACAAAAUAGUCCCAUAGUAGUAAAGUUGAUUCCUCCAGUUGGCAUUAUCAUUUUUGCAAUAUGGGGUGUUGGUCCAUUAUUGUUUCAGACAAGGAAAUUAUUUUUUCAGAGGAGUGAUAAUAGUUGGAAGAAAAGUACCACUCACUAUAUAGUAACUUCUUACCUUCGGCCAUUAUUGUUAUGGACUGGAGCAAUACUUAUUUGCAGAGCAUUGGAGCCAUUAAUUCUACCUUCAGAAAGUGGCCAGGUUGUUAAGGAACGGCUUUUGAAUUUUGUAAGAUCAUUGUCAACAGUACUGGCCUUUGCCUAUUGCCUGUCAAGUGUAAUUCAACAAGCGCAGAAAUUCUUAGCAGAGGGUACUGAUGCAAGUGAGGCGAGAAAUAUGGGAUUCCAAUUUGCUGGCAAAGCUGUUUAUUCAGCAGUAUGGGUUGCUGCCUUUUCAUUGUUCAUGGAGUUGCUGGGCUUCUCUACCCAAAAAUGGGUUACUGCAGGAGGUCUUGGGACAGUUUUGUUGACCCUCGCUGGCCGUGAGAUAUUUACAAACUUCCUUUCAAGUGUGAUGAUUCAUGCAACUCGACCUUUUGUGGUUAAUGAAUGGAUCCAAACAAAGAUUGAAGGAUAUGAGGUUUCUGGUACUGUUGAGCAUGUUGGCUGGUGGUCACCGACAAUUAUUAGAGGUGAAGAUCGUGAAGCUGUUCACAUUCCAAACCACAAAUUUACAGUGAAUGUCGUGCGGAACCUUAGUCAAAAAACACAUUGGCGAAUCAAAACCCAUUUAGCCAUUAGUCAUUUGGAUGUAAAUAAGAUUAAUAACAUUGUUGCUGACAUGCGAAAAGUAUUAGCCAAAAAUCCUCAAGUUGAGCAGCAGAGGUUGCACAGGAGAGUGUUUUUGGACAACAUAAAUCCUGAAAAUCAAGCUCUUUUGAUUCUAGUGUCUUGUUUUGUUAAGACCUCACAUUUUGAAGAGUAUCUGUGUGUUAAGGAAGCUAUACUGUUGGAUCUUCUUAGAGUUAUCGGCCAUCACCGAGCACGACUUGCAACACCAGUCCGUACCCUGCAGAAAGUAUACAGUGAUGCUGACUUGGACAACAUACCAUUUGCAGAUUCCACAUUUGGUCGUGGUGCUGGAACAGUACCUAACCGUCCAUUAUUAGUGAUUGAACCGUCGUACAAGAUCAAUGGAGAUGAUAAGAUGAAAAAAUCGGCAAAAGCAGCUGUUGAUCAAGAUAACAAGACAGCUACACGAACCAAACCUGACACCAAGACAGACACCAUGGUUAGAGGAACUCAAGAUGACACUGAGGUGGAUCCCAAAGUUGUGACAUCUAUCUCCGAUGCAAAUGGAAACUCUAAGACUGUUGUGACACCUAAACCUGAUCUUGAAGUGGGUGAAAACAAGCCACUGAAAUCAGAUUCAAACAAGGAAAGCAUGGAGGUGCUAGAAUCUUCUUCUAAAUCCAAACUAACUGGUUUGGUAGUAGAUAAUUCGGGCCAGAAGGACAUAGAUGCCAAACAAUCCAAGGGUCAGACCACUAGAAACAUAAAGCCAAAUAUUGACCCUGACAAUGUAGUGUCCUCAACUACCAACGGUGACAAAACUGGUGGACUUAAUAUGAAUGUGCCAACAAAACAGCAAGGGGAAAAGAAACCUGCUGCACAGCCUCAUGCAUCCAGGCCUGUUCUUGAAGAGAAUAUAGUACUUGGUGUUGCAUUGGAGGGAUCAAAGAGGACACUUCCCAUUGAUGAGGAGAUUGACAAUGUAACACCAAGAGAAGCAAAAGAAAUGGCUGCAUUCCAGGGUGGAAAUGGAUCUCCAAAGACUCCAGAUGGAAGUGACAAGUAGUUGUUCUAAUUCUUAGCAGUGAGUUAAACUAGUUCUUUGAAGUUUCAAUUUUGCAAGUCUAGUGGUACACUGCUUUGAACCCACACCCUAGGAAGUUGUACAUAUUAUCACUUCAUGUGUCAUACACCCCUUUUUCAAAGGACUCGAGCUGUAUUGUCAUAUCAUUUCAUUAUUUUUGCAAUAUAUGGAAAAGGGUUUUCUUCAAUGA